AUGACCGCGGAGAGAAAGCAACGGAUUCUGGCCCCUGCAGCCCCAGUUAAGGACCCCGCGCCACGAGUUUCAUCAAGAAAGGUUUCUACAGCUUGCUCAAAUUGCCGCCUCAAGAAGGCGAGGACUCCCGCCGAAAUUCACCUUAAACGCAAGAUCGACAGCUUAGAAGGCGACCGCGAUCUGUUCGUGCAGGUGCUGGAGAUAUUACGAAAUGGUGGCGUCACACGGGUGCAUUCCCUAUUGCAGUUGAUUCGCAGUAAUGCCUCGUUGGAAGAGCUUCAACUAUUUUGCGAGGACAAACUCAACGCUGCCAGUACCCUUGAUUCUACAGUAGAUGAAGUCCGGUUGUCAGAUGAGUCUGUCGUUAAGAUACCACGGAGAGUGCUCAACAUCAAGCGGCUCGCCGAUCAACCUGUCUUUCGCGUACCCGCAAUACCCUGGACUAGAAUAACCGAUGAUGAUCACUUUGUUUCACACCUUAUUUCCAUAUAUUUCACAUGGCGGUAUCCUUGCUUUCCCUGUCUUGAUCAAAAUCUAUUUAUACGCGACAUGAAAACAGCCAAGCUCAGUUCCCAGUUCUGUUCGCCCUUUUUAGUCAAUGCCAUUUUGGCUGAUGCCUGUGCAUACUCUGACUUCGCAGAGGCGUACGAAGUCCCCAAUGAUCCGUCUACGCGAGGGUUACAUUUUUACAAAGAAGCAAAGAGAUGUUUCGAACAAGAAGAUGGGCAUUCAACCAUAGCCACAGUACAAGGGCUAGCAGUAUUGUCAACUUGGUACGACCCAUUUGUCUUUCAACUUCUAUACGACCUCGAAGUGUUGAUGAUGAGACUUAGUGCAUGCUUAAUGGGCAAAGACAGACGGGGAUGGAUAUACCAGGGCCAGCUUGCUUAUGCUGCGAAAGAGCUUGAAUGCACGCUUCGCACAGUAUCCUCCGGCUCUCUUACUGAGGCAUCUGACAUACGACGAGUUAUCGAGCUUACACUUUGGGGGUUGUACAACAUGACAAUCGCAAGCGCCUUCGCUUACCAAAAGCCGCCGCUGAUCGAAAAGCCUAGCCGUCCAUGUCCGCCAAGUACUCAUGACAAUGAUGACCCGCUAUGGCACCCUUAUCCGCACGACAACGAUGGUCUCCAGGCGCACUACAUGUGCUAUUUCCACAGCUUAUCUGACCUGACAGCCAUCGUUGACGAUUGGUGCACGUUACUUUUUGACGGUUUUACGAAGCCGCCGCCCAAUGAGAUCCAAGACAUGGAAAUCAAAGUCCGUAAACGUCUUGCGGCGUGGGAAAAAUCUCUCCGAACAUGUCUCAGGAUCGAAACUGGGGGUGUGAUCCUUCCUCAUGUAUUAUGUCUACAUAUGUAUUAUCACAAUAUUUGUAUCACCAUUUCGGAGCUUGCCAAAGCAGCAGAGCAUGGGGCAGAGAAUCAGCAUCGGGGGCCGCAAGAAUCGUCUCUCUCUUCUGCUCGUCACAUCGCCGGUUUGAUGGAGAUACAUCGAUCCUCCUGGGGCAUUGAUAUGUUUCCGGCAUGUUAUAUUCAUUGGAUUGCAGUGUCUAUGUUUACUUUAAUGGGCCAACUUGACGUGUUAGCGAACCAAGAGGCGUUUAUCAAUCUUUGUGUGGCUGCAAAAGUGGCCUCUCGACGCUGGCCCCUUGCAAGGGGCACAUUACGAACUGUUCAAAUCACGGCCAAGAGGCUUGGAGUAAGGCUUCCGCCUGAGACUGAUACACUGUUCCUGGAUUUCGAGAAGGAGAUUUGGGGGCCCAAGGGUCGCAAUGGACUCAGCAGCCUGUAUCCCAAUUUUGCUGUUCUGACAGGAUCAUUACGAAAUGAAGCCGUUGAAAUGGACAAAUUCCUGGAGAAAGAGGAUAGCUUGGAGGCUCUCGACCUUGCGGAAGAUGAGGAAAUGAUAUCCUAGUAGCGCAGAGACUACAGUUGAUCGGGGCGUAUGGCUAUUAUAGGAAGCACAAGGCAUGAGUCACAUCAUCAGAGAUAUGUAUUAUUAGCGAGACAAGAACAAGAAGUCUCACUAAUCAGAAUGAGAUUAGAAUAGCAACACGCACCUCGCGCAAUGUGCAAAAACAGAUGAUUUAAAAUGCGUUAGCUGGGAGUCGAACCCAGGGCCCAACCUUUCAAUCUUUGCUUUCGCAGGAGAUCAUGGAAGGGUUGAAUGUUACCGUUACACCACUAACGCAAGGGGUGAAAAAUGUAUUGUCUUCUUUGCU